CCGCCUUCUAUUGGCCAGCGUUUGGGUUUAAAGCAGGAUAAGGAGCGCAUUUUACGCACAGGAGCUUUACGCACGGCACUCCGCGUUGCGCAGCUGGAAAAACGCCGCCCGCGUCGGUGUUUAUGAUGCACCGAGGGGAUCUUCCAUCUCCCUUUCUCCACAUUAGGCUGUGCUGAAGAGCCGGCGCGGCUCUCUCUCUCACCUGAGGCCCCGGUGUGUUCUCCCUCCAUAGCUUGUUGGACAGAAGAAAAUGGAGUGUGUGCCUUUAAGGCGCCCGACUGCCUGUCGCUUUGUGCUGCGGAGAGACUGACGCCCUCUGGACACAGUGGACACUUGAGCGGCAGGCAGGCAGGAAAUCAUCCUGGAAAAGUGGAGAAGUUCAAAGGGGAAAAAGAGCCGUUGUCCCCCCCUCCCUGCAACAAAGAGAAAGUCGUGAACUUGUUCCCAUUGUUGUGGUGUUGUGCAGUGCCUUGCUGGUGAGCCCUCAGGAUGAGGCCUGGUCAGCUGAUCCUCCCGGCCACGGCUGCUCUCCUCUUCCUCCUGUCAGGAUUGUCCCUGACCUCCGGCUGCAACAAAGCCCUGUGCGCCAGCGAUGUCAGCAAGUGCCUCAUCCAGGAGCUGUGCCAGUGCCGUCCGUCCGAUGGGAACUGCUCCUGCUGUAAAGAGUGCAUGCUGUGUCUGGGGACUCUCUGGGAGGAGUGCUGCGACUGCGUGGGGAUGUGCAAUCCCAAGAACUACAGCGACUCUCCGGCCACGUCGAAGAGCACCGUGGAGGAGCUGCACCGCCCGAUCCCCUCGCUGUUCCGCGCCCUCACCGAGGGCGACGCGCCAAUCAACAUGAUGGUGGUGUCCUUCCCCGUCGCCGAGGAGCUCUCGCAUCACGAGAACCUGGUGUCCUUCCUGGAGACGCUCGACAACCAGCACCAGAACGUCUCCCUGCCUGGCAACAGCAUCCAUGCCAGCUAUGACACUCAAGACAACAUGUGCACAGUGGUCUAUUUCGACGACUGUGUGUCCAUCCGUCAGUGUAAACUAUAUUGUGAGUCCAUGGGAGGAUCCAAGUACCGCUGGUUUCACAACGCCUGCUGCCAGUGCAUCGGACCGGAGUGCCUGGACUAUGGCAGCAAGGCUGUGAAGUGCAUGAACUGUCUCUUCUGAGGCGCGGGCACAUAUUGGUACCAAAUGUCUGGACCAUACCAGAGGACUGACGGCAUAGGAAACUAUGACUGAUAUGUGUUAACAUUCCUUAAUUACCUUGUAAAAUACCCCCUUCCAUCCCCCACUCCCAUGCAAAUUGUGUUUUUAUUCUGCUGUUAUGUUCCACUGUAUAUUUUUAGAUAUGUUUUCAAUAGUUUUUUUUUUUUUUUUUUACUAGAGGUGUAUAUGAAUAAUGUAUUUUUACAGUAAUGGUCCGCUAAAUCUCCAUCAGGCCAAAUAAAGAAAAGUUUGGUGACAUGGCA